GCCCCCAGGGCGACCCUGCUGGGGGAGCCAUCGUCCGCGCCCCUCGACCGCACCGGCACCAUGCACCUCUCUCAGCUGCUCGCCUGCGCCCUGCUGCUCACGCUGCUCUCGCUCUGGCCCUCGGAGGCCAAGCCCGGGGCGCCACCAAAGGCCCCGCGAACCCCACCAGGGGAGGAGACGGCCGAGCCUCAGGCUUCGGGCGGCGGACAGAAGAAGGGCGACAAGACUCCCGGAGGCGGCGGCGCCAACCUCAAGGGCGACCGAUCGCGACUGCUCCGGGACCUGCGCGUGGACACCAAGUCGCGGGCGGCGUGGGCCCGCCUUCUGCACGAGCACCCCAACGCGCGCAAGUACAAAGGAGCCAACAAGAAGGGCUUGUCCAAAGGCUGCUUCGGCCUCAAGCUGGACCGGAUCGGCUCCAUGAGCGGCCUGGGAUGCUAGUGCGGCGACCCCUGGCGGCGGAUUGGAAACUGCUUUACCAGCUGAGGUCAUCCUUGGUCAUCAGCCUCCAGCAUCUGGAAACACCUCCAAACGCAAUGUGGCUUUUACAUUUCUUUUCUUUUUUUUCCCCUUGGUACUGGGAAUACACAACACCAGCUGUUUUAUUAUUAUUUGGGGAGGGGAGGGCAUGA